AUUCUUCCACAAAAUCCAAACAUGGCCGUUCUGACGCCAUGUCGAGGGUCGUGAAAUGUAGAUUAUAACUUGUGGCUUUCCCGAUGUUGGCCCAUAAACAGCCCCGUUUUGACUUUAAAAGAAGGAAUUCAGAAAAUAUUUUUGUCGUUCUAAGAAAGCCUCAAAUGAGUUUUGGGGCUUUCGCCUUGAUGUUUAUGGAGUAAUAUGAAUUUGGACCCGCUUUCUUUUGCGUUAUCCGAAAUAAGUUAUACGAUUGCCAAUUUAACUAAGAAAAACUUCAAGCAAAGCUUUGCUGCUAUAAACCACGUAAGCAAAAUGUUAAUUUUUAUAUAAUAUGACAUAUGGUAUUACAGCCUGAGAGGAGUAAGUCAAUAACAUUAUUUAAUGUAACAUUCCCCUAAUUAUCUAAUAAUUGACACUAAAAUUAACUUCCUUCUUUUAAAAAAGAAUAAAAUAUGGUUGCACUUGUCACCCUGUUGCCUACUCGGCCUCCUGAUAAAACUACGACUUCCACGACCACUUAUUUGUUUUUGAGACUUUACUUAAAGAAGGCCUACCCUACUUUUAAUAGUAAAUUAAAAUAGUGUAGCCUAGUUGUAAGGCCAUAGCCUAUAAUUUAAUUAGUUACAGCUACGGUUUUUGUAGGCUGCGUAGGCCUACGCUUACACUUACACUAUAUUCACAGUGAUUCACACACUGAACCGCCAAGGUGGGUGCUGGGCAACCCUGUUGCUCCACUGACAUGUGGUAAAUGGACCUCCAUAAUAUGUUGUGAAUUUUUUUUUUUUUUAAAGUGAAUAUAUUGUAAGUUCAUUUAAAAAUUCGAAGUGUCUACACGUCCGGCGCGCCGGACGUGUAGUACGCAAGAUACACGUCCGGCGACUUGUCACGUGACCGCCGGACAUGGCCGGACGGCUAGUAGUUUUUAUAAUUCCAAACGAAAUACGAUUUAGUAUAUCUUGUCUGGUCUUGUGGUAGGGUGGGUGCUUGACGAUAGGAAUGUUUGAGGAUCUAUACCGGGGAUAGGGUCGUUUUUUUUCUUCCCAUUUUAAUUAAAAUAUUUUGUAUAUAUUUAUAUUAUCAUGUUCCUCAGCAACAGUAGUUUCAUGAGAAGUUUUUAAAUAUUUUGUAGCAAUUGAAAUAAUUUAAAAUGAAAUCUUUAACUUUUAUUGGUUGCCACACUGGCCCCUAAUUUAUUUUAUGGAUUACUGGUACACAAAAAAUAACAAACUAAACAAAAAUGUUUACAAGCCACUUUCACUUAAGUUUCUUUUUCUAUUAUUUGCAUUCAAGAUACUCAGUACAUUACUUGGUAGAGAAAUAGAUUUUAAAAUUAACAAUAGUUUUGAAUUAUUCGCAGUCACGUGACAAGGCUGAUCGACACGAUAUCUCUCGCCACUUUGUUACGGCGGUCAUGUGACUUGGUCGCCGGACACAUAGUGCGGGAGAUAGACGUCCGGCGCGCCGGACGUGUAGACACUGCCUUAAAAAUUACCCUUAACCCACGAGCUGUCAAAACAGCCAAUUAUCAUUUUUGCAGCUGAAAACAUUUCUCAUAAAAUUUGGGCUAGGAUGUUCUUAGCUGUCUUCCAAAGUAUAAAGGACACAGAGAUUCCCCAGUCCCCACGUUUAACUCCAGCUAUAAAAAUGGUUCCAGAUUGAAAAGAUUUUGGUUUUGAACUAUGCGAUACACAUUUUUUCUUAGCCUUAAACCUCUUUGAUUUACUAAAAACGAAUAGAAAAUUUAAUUUAAGUAUAUUUCAUAUAAACUUGAUUGGUUGCCAGAUUUAAUUUAUGCUGCGAAAAUAAUAUUCAAUGAAGAAUAGGAAUAUAAAAUCAUACACAUUGUUCAGGUGCAUUCACCCUGCCUAAGUAGUGUAGUAUUUGGGUGCGACGAGUCUUGUCAACAUCUAUACCGCUAAGUACACCUUUACUAAAUAUUCAGCCCUUGAGAACAGCACAUUUCAUCAUUUAGUUAAAUUUUUUUUCAACCUUAAAGGAUUUUAUGAUAUAUCUAUAGUAUAGAGUGGCACAUUUGAUUUUCAUUGGCACAUGCAGGUGGUACAUUUGUUUCAUUAUCACUGAAUAAUUUCAGUAAUAAUUCUGAUAUAUCCCUUGAGCACUGAAUCACUAUACAAAAAAAUCAGCGACACACAGUCUCACUUUACCUUAACUGAUUGUGACAAAGCUACAUUACAUUGAUAAUCUGUGAAGGAAAUAAUGCUGAAAAAGACAAACUUUUUGUUCUUUUGCCAGGCACUCUCUGAGCACUGUUCUGAACCUGUUCCCCAUAUCUUUAUUUCCUAUUUUAGUGUGUAAGACAAGAACAGAAACAUCCUUUCCCAUUUGCUAAGUGGUCACAGGUUUAGCUUGGCUAGUAUGUGUCUCAUGCAAUUUAAAAUGUGUUAUACAAAUAAUGCGACUAAACUCCUCAAAGAAAAAAUAGUACAAUAGUACAUAAUACUGUAUAGAGAGUCUAUACUAACUUUCUAGUUUGUACUGCCUGUUCUGCCCCAACCUCUGAUUCAUGUGGUCUAGCAUGUUUCCUGUCAUUUUAUUAGUUGUCAUGAACCAUGACACAAUUUUGGGACAGAUUAGUUAAUUUAAUGGUUUUAAAUGUUUUUUGUCUUUCGAGUAAAUGAGUAGUGAUCAGGGUUGUAUAUAGCUGAUUACAGGCAUCAGGCUUUUGUUAUCUGUUAGGCAAGCUGCAGAAAAUGUUUUUUAACUUAAUAGUUUUAAUAGUUGCCAUUCAAAUAACUGAUAUUUUGAAUAAUGGGCAUUCAUAUAAUUUACGCUCUACUGAACUAUUUUACAAAAAUUAACCUAAAUAAUGUGUAGAUACUGAAUACUGUACAGAAAUUAUAAAUACGCCUAAUAUUUUCUUACAAAAUAUAUCAAGUUAAAAUUUUACUCAUGUCACCUGUUUUGGUGUAAAAGCAUUCAACCAAAUUUUUCGGGGAUGGGGAAAGAUUUUUUAAUGAAAUUUGGCCUUUUAGCGCAAAAAUGUAGAGAUGUCAAAUUUUAGGUCUUACAAGUCUUAGAAAAAAAGUUAUUGCAAUUUGAAAAUGCUUAAGUCACAAUUUUACCCAUGCAGAACUACAAGUGUUAAUUAAUUAAAUGUCAAAUUUCUUCAGCGUUAAAUUUUUUUUCAAAAUUUGCAUGUGAAAUUGUAACAAAUAUUUUACAUCAUUGCUUGAAUAUAUCGGUAUAUUUAUUAUUCUUCAGCUUGUUAACCAGCACGGAGCUGAAGCCGAUAGGCAUCUCUUUAGGUGCCUUUUUUCUCAUAUCGACUUCAGUGGAGAUGGUAAAAGUAGUGGCAAGGACUUGCUUCAGGUAUGAUCAAACUCUUACUGAAAAUUAAAUAUUUUUUUCAAAAUACAUUUUUUAAUAAAUAACAAAUUAUUAAAAAAUUUGUCAUAAAUGUUAUAAGCAAUUUCUUUAAUAUUAUUAUAGGAAAAUAUUGGCAAAAUCACUUUUGUUUAUUUUCAUUAUUCUGUAAUAAUAAUUACUCUUCUAAUUGGUUCUAUAAAAUGCAUUUGCAUGCAUUUAUUACAUAGCCUAAUUUUUUCAAGCAUAAAAUCUUAUUGAAGUAAUUUAUGCAUGCAAAAAUUAAAAGUUAUCCUAUUCAAUUUAUAACUUUAAAUCUACAUUUUACCAUUUUCUUUUAAUUUAAAAAAAAAUUAAAUUUAAAAGCAGAUAUCAUGUUGUGCAAUUGUUUGUAAACAUUUCUCAAUUUUUUAAAUUUUAAUAAUUUUUUUUUAUCCAGAUACAGUAUUUAAGUCAAGAAUUUGGUGCCUUGCUUACGAAGCCGAACUUUAUUUCUAUUCUUUGCUAUUCUAUUGAUAAUCCUCUUCAACAACAAAAUGUAAGUUUUUCUAUUUUUGUCUAAAAAGUUCUUACUUAAAAUUCAAGUAAUGAUUUAUUAUAUUUUCCUAAUGUGUUGGCAUGCGUUUUUUUUUAUAUAUUGGAGCACAUUUUAAAAAUUGUUGAUAUUGGGGCACAUUUUUAAAAUUUAUAUAUUAGAGCUAAUGAUGCCAAAGUGGUCAGCUCUGUCUGUCAAGGAUUCUGUGAGAUUUAUAGGGUGGUUUUGGGUUAGGUGAUAAAUUAAAGAGUUUUAACCCUUUCAGUCACAUUGUGGCUUUCUAGCCCUUAUGCCUGUCGCGUUAUGGCCAAAUCCCGCCAUAAACAACACGCAAUCUUCAAUGUUGCAUAGGGAAGUAAGGAGAUACAAACAGCUUAUUUAUAAAUUGGAAGCGUCAAGCUCUUGUUUUGUUUGGGUUUGGUGGCCCUGCACUUGAUUUAAUUUUUUUACUUUCGAUUUAAAAAAAAAAUUGUGCUUUCUUGACAGUAGAGCUUAAUUAAUUGGGUUUGUCCAUAUAGAUCACUUCUAGAAACUGCAAGUACGUCGGCUGUUGGUGUCGACAGUACAGAAUUUCAUUCAUAUAUAGAUGCAGAAAUAGAUAUGGCAAUAAAAAUGAUGUCUUUAUUUUAUUAGAUCAACAUUUUGAUAUCCCAGAUGGGUCAGAGGAUGAAGACAUUGUUAAUAGAUCUAACUGGUCUUAACAAUUGCGUUCAAGUGACAUUGAAGAAUUUUUGGUGAAACUGGCCCUAUUGUUGACUUAUUCUAAUUAAAAUUUAAUCUUUUCUCAACAAUUAUCAGUAUUUUUUGUAUGACUGAUGAAAGAUUGAUUUUUAAAAAAAAUAAUUAACCUCUAAUCAAAAUGGAGCUAUUUCCUUUCGUUUAAUGUUGAAGGUAUUUCUCAAUGGACUCUACAAUACUGCAAGGGUUCAAUAUAAAUUGUAAUAUUUAAAAAAAAAAGAACAGAAUAGAUAGUAAAAUGCUAUAAAUUUAUUGUUAAGUCUAUACUAGAUUUUACUUUGAUUAAAUUCCACAAAAGAUGUGUCAUUGAUGCCUGUUGAAAACCGUUAAGAAAUUUUAAAUAGUUUUUUGACCAAAAAUUUACUUAAAUUAUUACUGCCUUAAUUCGGAUAUAUACUUAAAAAUUAGGGGUGUGCCGGAUCCGUUUUUUCCAACCGGAUCCGGAUCCGGAUUUUCUUAUGCGAAAUCCGCCGGAUCCGGAUUCCGGUUUCUCCCGGAUUCCGGAUUUUGGUACUAUUGGUAGAUACUUCGGUAAGUCAAGGUGGACUACUACUUUUUGUGUAUGGGAAUUCGCAAUCGGCGCCAAAAAAUCCGAGUUUUUAAUUUUCCGAUGUGUGUGUCUAUUUAUUAUUAAAUUAGUACUUUCGAUAUAAAUUUGAGUUCCGUUCCAUUUGGAUAAGUGUCUUACGAGAGACGCCAUGUUUCUACGCGUUCGCAGCAGGUUAUGCAGCUCGCUCAACCUAAUUUCGCCAUGGGGUUGGCCACGCCCCCCUUUUUAAUGGCGGAAGUUGACGAUACUUAGGAAAUAUUAAUUUAUUAUCACUAUUUACAUCAAAAUAAUUGAUAACUUGUGUUUCAGAAUGCAUUUAAAGACAUUUAAACUGGAAUGUUUUAAUUUGAGCUUUAACAACCCGGUAGAAUCCAUAUUAUAAAUGAUCAGAAUUUACCGUGUGCAACACGUUGUCAUUGGCAACCAUUCACAGCCACUUGCAUAACUGUAUCGUAGUACUACCUCAGAGUUUCAUUCAUAAGAGUUUGCCGUGUGCAAAAACUAUUAAACCAUUGGUCAGGGAAAGCUUUAAUUAAUUAUUCAUGUGCCAAAGUUGAAAGUUUAAACUAAGUCUAAACAGUAUUUUAGUGAUAAGGCAGGGAAUGCGUUGCCUUAUAUAAACUAUAUAGUCAUUGCGCAUGACGGGAUUGGUGGAAUGAGAUCACAGAAUGUGGAGAUGCAGUCCAUGUUAAAAAAUGACAAACCAAGUCGUACUUUAAAAAUUCAUAACUUUAAAACUACAACAGCUAAAAAUAUGAUUUUGGUGUUAUAAUUCUUUAAAAAAUUACAUCUUUUCAACUAUGCCAUUGGUUUAUUUUUACAAAAAGUUUAAAUUUUCUUAUCAAAGUCCCUACACUAUUGGCCACUAUUAGCGGUGCUGACUCUAGCCUCUGGUAUGUACGGAAUAUUAAACAUUAAACAAGCUCAACGCUCGAAACAAUCGAUUAAUGUAUCGUGAUCGUGUGGAAUUCGGGAAAGAGAAUUACUUUUAUUUCAGAUUAUGAUCCGGUGAGUCACAAAAUCUGGCAAAUUCCGAAAUCCGGUAUAUUCCGGAAUCCGGUUGUUCCGGAUACAUGUAAAUCCGGCGGAACCGGAUCUCACCGGAUAGUGCAAAAUCCGGCGGAACCGGAUUCCGGACCGGAAUCCGGCACACCCCUAUUAAAAAUAUUCAAAUUUAUGUUACUAUAUUACCUUUUAUUUUAGCAUUUGUUACUUAAGAUUUAACUAUACCAUUUCAUUAGAAAUAAACAAAGUAGGUUUAACUUGGAAGAAAGGAUAAUCUUAAAAACAUAAUUUAUGCAUCCAGUGUAAUGGUCUAUUAAAACACCAGGCCCACUAGGCACAUUAGAAAAUAAAAUUUAUUUGGUAUAAUGGUGACAUAUCACUUGACUAAUUAUACAUAUUAUCAACUGGUUCAAUGAAAGUAAACAGUUUAGCAACUAGCUUAAGAACAAAAAUGUAUAAAUAAAUAUUGUAACAUAACAAUUUUGAUUUAAAUUAACAAUUGAAUGAAAAUCACUAUUUCGUGUGAGAAUAAGAAUACAUGGAUCUAAAUAUAGAAAAGCGGAAAUAAAAGGAAAAGACAUAUUGUAAUAGAUAUUAAGAUGGGGGUUGAUUGAAUUUUAUUAUUCUAAAAGAUCUGGAUGUAUUGUGACUGUACUUCAAUCAAUAAUUCUAUUAUUCAUCAAUGUGAAAAUUUAUUCAAUAUAGUGUAAUUUGUUAAUGAAUAAAUACUAUGUUGAAAUUGAUUUCUGCUGAUAUAUAUGUAGUUUGAGUGAGACCUGGGAUGAUAUUGAAUACAUAGAACAACAUUUACAGUAACUGUCAUAUUUAUUUAGAUGUCAGGACUGCAAGGUUGUCUGACGAUAUAGUUAUCUAUGGUACAAUCUGGUGAUUUGCUGUAUGUACCAUUCCCUUUUUAUUUGCUGUGCUUUUUUUUUCAGAGCCUAAAGCCAUCCGCACAUCUUUUUGCUCAAAUCAGUAGAGUUUUGCAUCUUACUCGUGUGCAAGAAGUAGCAGUUGCACUUGCUCUCCUUAGCUCUUCCAAAUCUGAUAUCAUCAACUUUGCACUUCAGUUUGCAAAGCAGAAGCUGCCAGAACUUAUCAGAUCUUACGUGGAUGUUGGUUAGAAAUGCUAUUUUUUUUUACUUCUAGUAUAUCAAAGUGCUUAACAAAUUAUUUAAUUAAUUAAAAAUAGAGUGCAUAGAAUUAUUUUCUAUGGUGAAAUGAAAUUAUAUGUCAAGGAGAAAGAGUACCCAUGAUGUUGUAUUCUUCUUUUUAUUGUUAUGGAUGGAGUGAAACUAAAGAUAUUUUAGAAUAAUUUGUUUUUAAACGAGAAUUUUUUUUAAUCUCUUUUAAGAAAGUAACAAUUUUGAUAGUUCAGAAGCUGAAAAUUUGUAAAUGUAAUAUCAUUUCUGUAAAAUACAGAUACAGGCCAUCAGGAGGGUGGACUCCAAGACUCUGAUAUUGAGAUACUUCACCUUCUGCUAUCCCAUCUGGUAACAGAGAGAGAGCAGUUUGGCAUUGCUCAAGAGACUUUGGACACCUUCUUAAAAACUGUCAGACGAGGUAAUGCAUUAUUUAAAUUUGGAAAAGAUUUUAUUACUCUAUUACUUAGAUUCUACUAUUUUUGGGUAACCAUUUAUUUAAUUGAUUUAUUUCCGGCAGGAAAAAAAAUCAGGAAAUUAUAAUAUAAUGUAUAAAAUAUAUUAUAAAAUAUAACUGGUGAUAUAUUAAUAUGAUUUUUAAAAAAAUAACCAUUUGAAAUUAUUAUUCUUAUGCCAGAAUUCCCUCGUGAGAGAGUGCCGGCUAUUAUUAGCCCAUUCAUCUAUCCAAGCUUGGAAGACAUCACAGGAAAGAAAUUAAGAGACUUGGGAACCAUGAAAAAGAAUAUGGUAUAUAAAUAUACAUAUAUAAAAGAAAUUAAGAUCAAUUAAAUAAUAAUCUAAUGCAUAUAGUUCAGCAUUUCAUUAAAAGCUGUGCAUUAGUGUAAAGUAAUCGAAUUUAAUCUAGAAAGCUCUGUGGAUAAUUAUUCUUAGAUUUCUCUGGAACAACUGGAAACUGUUUUUAUUAGAAAUUCAUAUUUAGUUCUUAGAUAAAUUAAAUGUUUGUUAAAUAAAUAAUUCUUACAUUUUUAAAAACAUUUUUACAGACUGAUAUCAGCAUUGCUGAGUUCAUGCAAGAAAGUGGCUACAGUUGCACUGUCAAGUAAUUUUUCCAAAUCUGAUUAAAAAUAAUUAAUUAAAUAAGGGAAUGGAAAGACCCUUAAAAAAUAAAGCUAUUGAUGGUGACAAUUUCUAAUUCUCUAAUUCAUUUAGAAAAUUAAAAAUUUUCAAAUGAUUUUCAAAUAAAAUAUUUGAUUUUUUUUUUCUUUAGUGUUGAUGAAUGUCGGAACCUUCUUGCCCUCUGUGGGGCUAGGGAGAUCACUCCAGUUGCUGUUGCUCGUAUCCUAGGAAUGAUGGCCCGCACACCAGUAGGCCUAGGAGACCAUGGACAACAGGUGUGUUUUUUAAAAUGAUAUUACUAAAAAGCAUUGCAGGAGCAUUGUUAACACAGACCUGGUUACACUUGUGAUUUUGGCAUACAGUGUACAAUUUUGAGAAGUAUUUACCACUGUAUGCUGAGACCUGUCAGAACUACCAUUUCAAGAAACCAGGCUAUAAAAUAUAUUACGGUAGUUUUUACAAUUUUAAAAAAACUACAUUUUCAGUUGUUGAUUUUAGCUAUAAUAUGUUGAAGGAAAAUAAAAUUAGACUUCUAUGCCCACCAUGUUAAAUGAACUUAUUUAUUCAUUCAAUUAGCGAUUAUGUUCAUUCUUGACAUAUCCGCACAUUUGAAAUAUAUAUGUAUAUAUAUCACAUUUUUGUGACUGUAUGCACCCUUUUAGUGUACCCGCCUCUUUUUGGAUUGAUUAAAAAAAAAUAGAAUGAAAUCAGUAAUCUUAAAUAAAAAUUAUAUUAUAAUUUUACUAUUUAGUAACUAUUAAAAUUAAAGGAUUUAUGUAAACACAGCUAGGUAACGGGACGUAAUUUUUCACCGGUACAUCUUCAGUUUUUCUCCAGUUAAGUUUAUAUGAUGUAAAACUAACUUCAGGUAUUUGAGAGGGGGGCAGCCCCCCUCCCCAAAACCCAUGCCCACGUUCACUCAGGUGACUUCGACUGGCAUCCUCGAUUUUUGCUCUCCCACCCCAUCUUAGUCUCAAAGUGACAAUGAUGGGCACCAUUUAUUUGCAAUAAGGCACAGUAUAUAAAUAUUUAAUCGUCAGUCAUCUUCUUAGGGCAGUGACCUCUUUUAGACAUGCGAUUGGUGUGUGUAGUUAUUGUACACAUUAUACUGUAUUUUUUAUUUAUUUACUUUUACAAUACAGUAUUCUAUGAUUUUGUGGUGGUGAAGUUCUAUUCUGAAAUGAUAUACUAUUUUGGGAGUUUCGUGAUAACCAAGUCUGUUAAUAUCCCGGUUUGUCAUAUGUUUUAACCCACCAUAUUUAUUUGUUUCAACAUAAAAUUUUAAUAUUCUGUUUCUAGCAGCAAGGCGAUCGCCCAGAUGUUCCCGGAGUGUCUACUUGGAAUGUUGAUGUUUUUAUGCAAGUAGUCAAGGAAAUGGUAUGCUCUGUUUUAAAAAAUGUAUAUUAGUUGAUUAGUUUUAUAAAGUAUUAGAUCUAUGAAAUGCAUUUUUAUCCGUGCUUGUAUAACAUAGGAUAAUUUUUUAUACAUUUUUUUAGAACCCUCACUUAAACUGGCGUGAGGUGGUGGUUAACCUAGAUCAUCCAAAGUUUCUGGUGUUUGGAAGAAAAGGAUUGCGAUUGCUAGUGCAGGCCAUUUUCCGUGGUCUGCAUCAGGAACCAUUUCCAAUAGACCAGAUCUACAAGCAUUGGAGUAACACAGAGGGGCAGGUGAUAAUGAUAAAAAUGUUUGAUAUUCUCAUUUUAAAGAGGCCAAUUUAUUGGCAUUGUAGAUAUAAAAAACUAAUCCCUAUUGUAGAGGGAAGUAUUUUUUCAAAAUGUAACAGUUAUGCUUAAAUAUUAAUAUUGGUUUUCACAGCUUUCAUUUCUGAUGCAAGCAUUAAAACAUCCAGAUGUUUUGUGUCUUGCUGAUCAUAAGGGUGACACUCCAACAGUUGUUAUUGACAUUUUAAAGUCAGCACCAAAUGAGGAUGAUCGUGAAAUCGCUACAUGGUAUAAUCUUUAUGGCUAAAUUAGCACAUUUUAUUUUUUAAUUUAAUUUUUUUUCUUAUCAUAGUUUAACUUAGAAUAUUGUUAAGCUAAUUGUUGGUAACUUCUUUUUAAUAAGAGUAAUGUACUUGUUUAUUAUCAGGAAAUCCUUGAGCUUAGUAGAGACGUUGCUACGUCUGUCAGAUUGCGGUCAUCAUAACCAAGUUAUAGAACUGUUCAAAGCCCCCAUCGCCAAGUGUCCUGAUAUCUUGGUUUUGGCACUGUUGCAGAUUACUGUAAGUAAAAGAUGACUUACGUUAAAUAUAACAUUUGAUUCAAAGCGAAAGUCUUUUUGAAAUAAUUUGGAUCAGCUGCAUUUAUCAUGUCAAGAACAAAUGAGUAUUUUAAAAGGAGCACAAAGCCCAGUACAUUUAAACAGUCAGGGAAUAUGCUUUUUAAGGCACUUACUAUGCUUGUGACAGAAUUGUUUAGCUAAUACCACUUUACAUUGGAUGUCAUCUGGACUAAGAGAAAGACAGAAAUUACCUUGAUUAUUUAGCUAUCUUCCUUGGAAAAAUUCUAAAAGACAGGUGGUCCCAAGAUUAAAAAAAAAAUCACAUUUUUUAGAAAAAUAAUAAGCUUAGUGAAAUACAUUUAUGUUAUGUUUAUUUGAAUUUCAGUUAGCCUUUUUUAAAAUCUGUUACUGGUUAAUUGUUGUCUUAUAAUUUUAAUUCAACUUUUUUAGUCAGCAGUCAAUCGCAUGAAGACAGAAAUCAUCUCCCUGCUUAUGCCCAUCUUCCUAGGUCAACAUAGCAACUCGGCUGUUAUCCUGCAUUAUGCAUGGCACCAUCAGGUACAGUUCAUGAACUAUGUUUUUUUACACUUGUUUUGCAAAUGAAGAACUUUAACAAGUUAUAAGGUCUUUUUAAAUUAAAAUUUACAUUUUUUUUAUUUAUAGGGGCAUUCCAGCAGUAUUCGUACCUUGAUUAUGCAUUCUAUGGCAGAGUGGUAUAUGCGAGGAGAGCCACAUGACCAAGUUCGUCUUUCUCGAAUUUUGGAUGUAGCACAAGAUCUCAAGGUGAGACAAAGCUUUUCAAAAGUCCUUUCCUUUUCCCUUUUUUCACUGUGUUGAUUCAUAAAUUCUUUUACUACCUGUAAUCUUGGGAUUGAAAAACACAACUUCUAGCAAUAACAUGAAUAUGGCAUACACUAAAGUUUUUUAAAUACUUUCUAUUUGUUAUUUCUACAUUUGACCUGUCUGCUGAGGAUGGCACUUAGCCGAAAUGCUCUUCUUUUUUUUGUCCUGUCUAUUUCAAGAUUGCACAUACCUUGUUCUUCUAUUUCCUUCACACAGCUUGAAACCAUUCCUUAAUUUAUUAUUCUUUGGCUAAUCAUGUUAGUUGAACCCAAAGUACUUAUGGAAGAACCUGGGUUAUGUUGAAGUGUCGGCGUAUUAAAAGUUUUAUAACCCAUAACUGGAAACGACUUUGUGUCAAGGUUCUUUUGUACUUGUUUCACAUCAUACCCUAGACAACAACACAAAGACACUAAUACAUUUCUAGAUAAUAUCCUGUGAGCAAGGAUAAUUGUGAUAAUCACAGUGUCUUAACUGUCACAAUCACAAUGUCUUAUGACUUAUAACAGAGGCGCAGUGGUUCAAAUGAUAGUGACUAAUACUUUAUUACACACUGUGACAAUCACAAUAAAAUAGCUAAUACUUGAAAUAGGCCUACAUCUCAUGCAGAACAUACUAAAUCCGAAAACACUUGGAAUGUAUGACAUAAUAACACGUAUUUCAAUACUAGCUUCUCUCUAAACUUCUUUACUUGAUAAAGUGUUAACGCACUAUAAAUAUUCAUUUAAACAAAAAAGUUUUCUGUUCAAUCUUCUUACAUAAAUAUCAUGGAUCAACUGUCGUUUCAUUCAAGGUGCAUUUUGUUUUCGUCUUGGCUCGCCUCUGAUUGGCCAGUUUUAUCCAAGUCCCAAUACUUUGUAUAUUACAUAAGUAAUAACUCCCAUCUUACUUGUCUCCCUUAUAUUCAUAUCUGUGACAAUAAUAAAGCAAAAGGCAUACUAUGAUUAGAGAGUUACUUAUUAACCAAAAUUGUAAGAAAAAGUAGACAUAUCCUAGCAACUUGGGUCCGUGCUUUGGCAAAAUCUUUGAAAACAAUUAGACCUUUAUAUAAUAGUUAAAAUAUAUAUUAUUUGCAUCUAUUCUUUUUAUUCACAUUAAAUAAACUGUAAAAUAUUUUGUACUCAAAGUUAUUCUGUCACCUUGAAUUAUACUUACCUUUGUUAGCAUAUUCUUCGAAAUUUGUUUUCCUAUCAGUUCAUGUACAGUCUAAUUGAUAAAAGCUUUAGAAAUAUCACUUCAAUUAAUUAUAAUUUUUCAAUUUUUGUUUAAAAUUUGCCUUUUGCAAUUUAACUUUCCAGCCAUUCUUCACAGUAUUUCUAAGCAGCAGUUGAAAUUUUAUCAAUUUUUAGAAUGGGAUGACACAGCCCUCUUUUCUCAGGAUUUAGAAUAAAAAAAAUUUAUGCAAAUACAAGCAAAAAAAAAAAGUCCAAAGUGAUCAAUUUAAAAAAUUCAUUUCAUUUGCUUGGUGAAAAAACUCAAGGCAUCGUGCAGUUUUUACUAUAUACUCAUGAUGCUUUAAAAAAUUGCAUCUUUUAUUGAAGGAUUCCAAAAAUGAAAAUUGUACAUUUUAAAUGAGAAAUGUGCAGUACAAAAUAUUUUAUCUCAUUCAGUCAGUUUAUCUCAGCCAUAACUCAAUUUGAGAGAUAGUAAGUAAUGUGGAUCAAGACAUGCUUAUUUCCUUUCCUGUUUAUUACAUUCUAGGCUCUUUCCAUGUUGCUGAAUGCAACCCCAUAUGCUUUUGUGAUUGAUCUUGCAUGUCUAGCAUCCAGACGGGAGUACUUGAAAUUGGACAAGUGGCUAAAUGACAAAAUUACAGAUCAUAAGGUGAGCAUAUCAACUUUUAAUUAUUUUUUUCCCCCUGUAUUAAGGUAGCUCUUAAAUAUAUUUUAAACCAUGAGGUUUCAGCUUUAUAUUUUGUUAAAAAAUUUUCUUGUUUCAGGAGGCUUUUAUUCAAGCAUGUGUGACAUUUUUAAAGAGGCGCUGCCCCCAGUUAAUGGGAAUGCCAUUAAAGGAAGAGCCACCUCAAGCCCGUAGUCAACAACUGCCACCAGAGACAGUUGUAACAAUGUUAAACUGUUUAAGGAUGUGGACACAGUACGAUUUUUUGAAAAAUAUUUUUUUGGGGUGGGAAUUUAAAAUGUUUACAUCUCUGGUUCACAGUAUGCUAUUUAGUAAAUAUUUGGUAGUCAAUUUGAGUCUCAAUGGAGACUUUUAAACGUACCAAUAAUAUAUUUAUGGAAAUUUUCAAAUCAAAAUUUUCAAAUGAUAAGAGUUGUAUAUAACUUGCAUUUUGAGUACAUUAAAAAACAGUCGAUCAGUAUAUAGAUAGUAAUGUCCUUUUUUCAUAAAUACAUCGAGUUGAUAGUUAAAAAACACUAUCUUUUGUAGCAGAAAGCCCUUGUUCCAUAGCAUUUAUAAAAAUCAGUUGCAUUUUUUAGAUAGCUUUUUAAAUAAUUAUCGUUUUUUAAAUUACAGACAUUUGAACCCAGAACUUGCAGAAACAAUAAAUUCAAUGUUAAAUAAUGCUAGCAUUUACUUGAGCAAACCUAGGCCACCACCCCCAGGAGCUAUGCCAGGAAUAGGACCUAAGCAACCCCCAUAUCCUGCACAAAACAUGGUAAGUCUAUAAAUAUACAUAUACUUUUUUACUUUUUAACGUAAUUCAUUUUUUAAGUGCAUUGUAAGCUACACCCUAACAGAGCAUUUCUUUAAGAAUUUUAUUUAUUUAUUUUUUGUUACAUCCUUAAUAUUCAACAUCACCAUCCACAGUUGGAUUCUUUAUCAAACAUCGGUGGUGUUCUCAAUCAGGCCGGGCCUGGGGUUGUAGGUCCUCCUGGAACGCAAAAUUUACCACAAGCCAUAGCUAAUCUCACACUUGGACCACCAGUUCCUCCAGGUUCCCCAUCUAAAUCAUUUCCUCCCUUAUCCCAGCAACAGCAAGCUGCACCUGGAAUGAACUUUAACCCUAUGAUGGGAAAUCCAAUGCCAAGUAAGUACUUUUUAACUCUAGAUGCCUUAAAAAAUUAGACCAAAAAAUAAAGUUUAAAAAAACUAUCAGUGACCUUGAAAAAUGAGUUUUAAAUUUAUAUAACACUAAAUAAAAAAGUUUUCAUCUAAUAGACAUAUAUGUUUUGUUUUGUAUGAACACUUGAACAAAACCUUUGUUCUAGACAGGAGAAGAUUGUGAUUUUUUUUUUACCUUACAUUUCAAAAGAAAACAAUUUCUUUGUAAGUUUUAAAAAUUAUCAUUUUUAUCUUUAUUUGUUAAAUACAAGUACCUCUGUGCAUACAAUUUAAUUACAAUAAAUUUCAAUGAAUCCUUAUUUCUUUUAAAUAUUUUGUUGUUGGACUGCAGAUGUUACGAUUUAAUCAGUGUUUGAAAACUUUUAUGAUCCACCUAUUAUGUCUGCGCUUAUUAUGACUAAACAAAUUCUGGAUAUUUUCCUGCCUUCAUGGUUAAUUUUCAACACUGAUUAAUUGUUUUAAGUUUAAAUCAGUUACUGUUUACCUUCCUUUAAAUUAGUUUAUUAUGUACCAUUUCGACCAGGUAUAGGAAUGCCAACAUCUAUGCCCCAAAACAUUGGUCCAGGUCCCAAUGCAGUUCCAGGUCCAGGCCCUGUUCCAAGGCCCCCAGUAAAUAGCUUACCAUCUCUUGGAACAGCUACUGCUCCCAAAAUUGGCAUGCCUAUGAAUCAAGAGAGACUAGGGAACCGCACAGGUGAGAAGACUUCUGUGAUACCAUGAGUUGGUCAUACGGUUAUAUCCAUUUAUUAAUUUUUUCCUAAAUAUUUUUUUAAAAAUUAUGAAUAAAUGUGCAGUUUAUCACUUGACAACAUUGUCUCUAGAGCAAAACAGAAGGCAAACUUCUUUUAGGAUACUAACUCGCAUGUUUAUGUAAAGUUUUCUUAGUAAAGUUUCUGGUGGAGGAAUAAGUUCAGAAUUUGAAUUUUAAAAAAAAUUAUUUGUUCUAAUUUCAAUCAAUACAGUAGCUCAAUUAUUUAAAUGACAUGUAGUUAAAAUUAUUAUUUAAAAAUCCAUUGCUCUUUGAAUUUUUGUGUGUCUACAUCAGGCCAAUCAGCUUUGUAACCCUUUGAAAGAUUUAAUGUGCUUCAUUUACAAUGUUUCUGCAUACAAAUUAUCAGGCUUAACUGCACUAUCAAAUAUCAUGAUUUCCAUAAAUAUUCAACAUAUUGCAACAGCCAAUUUAUUUCUAUAAGCCUAACUGUAAUUUGAUAACAGCAUUUUUAUUUUUUAAAAAAUUUAUUGUAGUAAUUUAGAUCCUUCUUAAUGAUUUUCUUACAUUUUUAUUUUAGUACAACCUGGCAAUCCAGCUAGUGACAUGUCCAACAUCUUCCCUGAAAUGACUCAAACUUUCAGCAAAGAAGUUGAGGACAGAGCCAACACAUACUUCCAACAAAUCUACAAUCAACCACCUGCGCCAACUAUGAGUAUUGAUGAGGUUCUGUCUAUGCUUAAAUCUUUCAAGGAUGCUCAAGAGAAGACAAACAGGGUAAAAUUUAAAAAAAAUUAAAUUGUUACAAGUACUUUAUUAAACCUUUUGAAAACUCAAAGAAAUUUGCAGAUACUUCCAAAAUCAAGAUUUCAUAUUAAUUUUAAAAAAACCCACUCUUUCUCUCCGGAUCAACGCUCCCAUCGUCGAUUUUAAAUGAGGUUACAGACGGAUCGACUUGUUUGUUUCAAGUCUUUUCUUAGCUAUUGGUUUUUAAUUACUUUUAAUAAAAUCUAGAUUGAUUUCCCUUUGAUAAACAUUUAGAUUUUCUUUCAUUCAGCGAGUUUUAAAGAUUUGAUUGAUUUCCCUUUGAUAAACAUCCGGAUUUUCUUUCAUUCAGCGAGUUUUAAAGAUAGAACGAAGUGUUCAAAGUGGUUCUUUUGAUUGUCCAUUUUAUUUUUGUUUACAAACAUGAAAUCUUGACCUGACCCAUCUGGUGAUCGAUCUAAUAAAGGUUUAAAAUAUUACUCUGAUGAUAAUAAGUCAGUGAUUUUAUGAUUUUGUAUGCAGAGACUGAUUCUGGUGAAUCUUAUGAUUAUAAUUCUAGUAAUUAGUAGUACUAGUGACGAAAUAAUGAAAUUGAUAAUUCAUCAGCUGAUGAACAAUCAGCCUCGCCCCAAGCUAAAGUGCCUUCUAGAAGAGCUAUUGCUGUUCCCACUAUAAAUAAUGUAGAUUCUAAUAGGAAAGCUGCUGAUCUUAGCACUAAAACUGAGUGCAAUUUCAGCAUUUUUUUUUUGACUGUUUGUUUUACUUUGCUAGACACACAUAUUAUUCACAAGCUUGUACUCUCAAUAAAUGAGUAGCUUCCUACAGAAUUAAAAUCAACACUCCAAGACUUAUAGGAGCAAAGCAUGUGCCUAUUAGCUCCAAAAAGGACAGUGUGCAAACAUUAAAGAGCAGGUCGAACUGUUCCGGUAUACGUUGUGAUGGAUGUGAGUAAAAUCCGCAUGUCCAUAUGGAUUGUUUUCAUGCUUACCAUAGCUAAAUCCAGAGGAAAAGAUAUGACAAAUUUAUGGUAAAUUUUCCAUUUACCAUAAUAAAUGUUAGCACUUACAAGGAUACGGUGCAAAUACUUUCUAAUGGCAACAGAUUGUUUCCAGUGGAAAUGGUUUUUUCAGCUAUUUUUUGUGUGGCGGUGACAGUGGAUAAUGUACUCUGGUGUUUUAUUUUUUCCUUUUUUUGUAUCAUCUUUAUCAUUUGUGAUGCACAUAUGGAUAUAGUUCAGGGGAAAAAAACAUUUCUGUUACACUUUGGAAAUUUAUCUUUGUGUGACUUUGAAUGAGCAUUUUGUGAACAUUUAGUGAGCUUUUUAUUUAAAAUUUGUAUUUUCCUUAAAUCCUAAUCACAUUAAUAAAUUAAAAUUUAAGCCUCAGUCUGUAUUUUCUGUAAAGAGCAUGCAUUCCCCUUUAAUUCCAUACCAGACUUAAAAUUUUCUGAUGAAAAACAAAAAAGUUAUGAUGGUUUAGAGAUAACAUAGUAAAGGGUAAAAAAUAUUCAAAAUAGAUAAUUCCGUCAGAAUGUGGAAAUUAAUUCCGGAGAGAAAGAGUUAAGUCAACUCAGCUGAUAAAACAUGUUACUGGCAAGAUCAUGUUCAUAUUAUGAGAGUACCAGUUAUGUCUUUAUAUUGGCUUUGUUUUUUUUUUGUUUUUUUGCUCAGGAUGUCUUUGCAUGCAUGCUACGAAACCUGUUUGAAGAAUACAGAUUUUUUCCACAAUACCCUGAUAGAGAACUUCAGAUCACUGCACAAUUAUUUGGUGGUAUCAUUGAACAGAAUAUUGUUACGUGAGUAAUAGUAUAAGUUGCAGUUUUAAAAUGAACAGACAUUUAUCUGCUUGAAAAUUAUUUAUGUAUUUAAUGUUUUUUCUAAAAACAUUUUAAAUUUACAGUAUAUAGUCGCAUAUAAGCCGAAUUAAGAACUUUAAAAUACAAUACUCAAAUUAGGGGGCCAUAUGCGCAUAAAACAUAUUCAUAUCAAAAUAUAUAGUUUUGUCUUAAUAUAUACUUCGUUAAUCAUUAGUUGUGAACAACUUAUGAGCGGUAGUUCAGAUGUUAUAGCAAACAAUGUGGAAAGAGCAGAACACGUUUUUGUGUCUUCCAAAAGGUAAACAAACUGGUACGUAACAUAAAAGUAAGCAUUUUACAUCUUUACAGUAACAAAUUUCUAUGAACCAAAAAAUGGAGUAAAAUUAGACAAUUGUAUGGUCGGCUUAUAUGCGUUUUUUGCAAAAACUGGCCUUUUUAAAGCAGUUUUAGGGGGUCGGCUUAUAUGCGAUGUUGGUUUAUAUGCGAGUAUAUACGGUAAUCCUUUCCAGAAGUGGACUUGUAAUACAGUUUUAUAUUUAUGAUUUAAGUACAGUAUUUCAUUAAAAUCUUCAAACUCUCGUUCAUUAAAAAAAUAAAAUAAAUAUGUAUUUGUGUUCUAAAAUGUAAACAUCAUUGGUAGUAUUAAGCAAGGGGUGUCCAACACAAAACUCUGUAUUCAACUCUUCUUUAAAGUUCUUAAAAAAUUCUUAUAAACCACCACUUUCUUUGCAUUUGUAGUCAUGUUUGUGAGGCUCAUCACUUGUUUAAAAAAAAAAGCAACUCAAGAAAUUAAAAAGGCUCUUGUCACUGUUGUAAAUACUAGUAGAGAUGUUGCGGGUCAAAUCACUGACUAUUUUCAUUCCAACGUUCAGCAUAUCCAAAAGAAAAAAAAUAAUAAUUUCACAGAAAUAAGAUAUACACUUUAAAUCACUUCACUUAAAUUGCAAUUCCUAUAAUAUGUUUACAUCAUCUAUUUUCACCUCAAAAUCUUAUGUACAAAAUCUUGAUAUAAAAUCAGUUGUUAUUUAUAUCUGCCCAACUUCAAAACUUUUGCUCCCACAUGAACAAUUCUGCUUGGCUAUAUGACCCACUACUCUUUAUUACUAUGCUGGUGGAAUAUAUAAUUUUAACAACAUCAAUUGUCUUCCAUCAGGGGUUCAUGAUAAUAUCUGUGACACCCUCCCCCUUCAUUUAAAAAAUCACCAAAUUUUUAAAAUUAUUUUAUAUCCGAGUCAAAUAAUCAUAAACAAAUUAUACAUAUUAACUGAUGUCACAAGACUUUUAAAAAAAAUACUUUAGUUACUCAGAUUUUAAAGGAACAAGCAUUAUUCAAGAAAAAUAUUUCUAUACACAAACAUGUAUAAUAAUUCCAUUGCAAAAUAUUAUGAAUUAGAUUUCUAAAUUGUCUCAAGCAUAUUCACAAACAAAAUUGUUGCUAAGCUUUUUAACUCUUUUGAUGUAGAAUUUUUUUCAUCGAAAAAAUGUACAUUUUUUUCAAAGACCAAAAAAGAGUGAGAGGUUGUAUUUAUUAAAAAACAUUAAAAAUAUAAUUUUUGCUUUAUAAGACUAAUCUUGUUGUCAAAUGAAAGAUAAUUGAAUGGACUAUAUGUUUGUAAACUUAUUUAUUCAGUUUACAUAAAAUAACAGAAAAGAACCAUAAAAUUUGAAAAUAUAGCCAAAACCAUUUUCCCCCCAAACCCUAAGAUGUAAGCGUAUCUUCUCCAUUAAUUGACUUAAUCUCAAAUUUAUAAUCUUGCAACAUUAAAACAAAUUUCAUAAUCCUAGUAUUAUUUAUUUUUUUGUUGAAAUUUAAUAGUGGAUUAUGGUCUACCAAUACAGUGAAGAAUGUUGUACCCAAUGGAUACUUUUGUAGUCAAAUUAUACCCCACACUCAUUCUAAUUCUAUUAAGGCAUAUUUCUUAUCAGCAUCUGUCACUUUUCUGCUGAGGUAUAAUACUCCUUUAUUAAUAUUGUUGUAGGAUUAAUGGUUUGCCAUAUGUGAUUGGCUUUAAGAUUGGUUCUGAUUGAAAUUUUAUUUUUAUUUGUUGUAAGGCUGUAUCACAUUCUUGAUUCCAUUCCACUUAAUUCUUUUGAUCCUUUUUUGUCAAUUUAACUAGAGGGUGUAAGACCGGAGCAAAAUUUUGUAUGAACUGUCUGUAGAAAUUACACAGUCAUAUCAAUGCUCUUACUUCUUUCUUGUUUACUGGUUUUGCUAAUUUUAAAUUCAAUAUUGGGUGCUAGGUGGCCGAAUGGUCUAAACUGAGCAAAUCUCAAGUUGGUGGUCUGGAGUUCAAUUCCAGCCAGAGCCCAGUCAAGCUAUAACACCACCAGCACCCCGGGUAGAUGAGACUCGUUAACCUUGGAUGGCAACUCAUCUAAGAGAGGGUAACUCUGAAAUCAAACCCGGAGCUGGAGUCCCGAAAGGCGGAUAACAUUGAUAGAAUGAAACAUUCCGGCAACUCCUGCGACGUCACUGGUGCCAAGCUGUAUCAUCCAAAUGAUGUUCCCUUGGGUUACCCAGAGGCGUGGAGAGAGGCGAUUUGCUGUUGGGAACCAGCUUAUAAUCCUUGAAGUAUAAUCCCAGGCUAUGUGGAUUUCGUCCUCCGAAGCCCACUCCAUCGUCACAUAGUGACGGACGGAUGCCAGAAAAAAAUUCAAUAUUUCAAUGGGUUUAAUUUGAUUAUUUCCCAUGGUGUAACCAAAAAAAUUAAAUCCUUUUAGACCAAUUUCUACAUUUGUCAGGUGAUUACACGGAGACCAUUUCAUCAUGUUUUUAUUCUAUUUUAUACUCUUGACUAACAUAGUUUUCAGUCUGGAUGGAAGUAUAAAGGUUACUUUGUUGUCCUCUCUUUAACCACUUUUUAAGUAAAAUUUCUGAAUCUUUAGGCACUGCAUCUGGAUAAUUGCCAAUUAUCAGUGGUGUAAUAGGUCUAUCUAUGACAACAGCUUGGAUUUUUCUUUUCAUCCAAAGAGUAUCUAACUUAAUUAUUGCUGUUUGGUAUUCAAUUUAUCCAUCUCCUAACUUGAUGUUUUCCUUUGGAUUAGUGUAUUGAUUUUGUUUCGCUAGAGAUCUGUCCACAAAAAUUGUUGAGCAUCCAGUGUCUCAGAGACAUAAUGUUUCCUGUUGACUAACAUACCAGUUGUUUCAUGUCAUAUUUCUCUUUAGACAGAAAGUACCAAGGAUAAAAAUCUGUCCCAAUCUGCUUGUUUAUCAUUGACAACUUUCUUUAACAUCACCUUAAUUGAUUGGUUAGCUCUUUCUGCUGCACUAUUUGCUUGUGGUCUGGAUAUUGGUCUUGCUGCAAAGGUCUGUGUUAUAUUUAUCAUAUGUGUGAAAACCUCAGUAUUUUGCGACCUAAAUUGAAUUCCAUUAUCUGACGAUAUUAUGGCAGUAAAUCCAAAUCUGGUAAAAACUGAAAGUAGUGUAGUGCAAAUGCCCCCAGCUUUAAUUUCUCUUAAUGAUAUAGCCUCUCCAUUAUAUUGCAAAGUCUAUUAUUGUUAAGGCAUAUCAGUUGUUUUUUUUUUCAUGAUGGUAUCUGACCAAGUAUAUCUAUUGCAAUUUUGUUCAAAUAGUCUGGUUGUCAGAAUCAUCUUUUGUGGUCGAGCCUUAUGUUUUGAAAGAAGCUUAAUUGUCCUUUGCUGUUCAAUAUAGUAGAUACUGUGUGAUGGUUAUAUGGUCUUCCUCUCUCUCAUAUGUAUUUCUUGGUGGGCUGUUACUGUGUGAGAUUCUGCUAUUCUGUUGAUUAUAUUCUUGUCUUAUGUUUUGUUGAUUUCUUUUCUGCUUUGCUGAUUCCAAUCACAAACCUAUUUACUCUUACAAUUUUUAAAUCUAUUUUUAGAACGCUAAAACAUCUGAACUAAUUUUAGUUCCCCCAUCUUUCUUUCACCAAUUGACAGCUUGUGAUAGUUAUCAGACUGUAAUAUCAUCUUCUUUUAGAAAUUACCCUUCUUGACUCCAGCUUAACUUGAUUCCACUGGACACGCAAUGCGAGUAGUUAUUAUAUACAUAAUAUAAACUGUUUUUUAUUUACUAUUAAGAUUCUGUAUUGUACGAUUUUAGACCAUAUUGGAUGAUUUUAGGAGUUAACGGGUAAACAGGUCUGCAAUCAUGACUUCUACCUUUUUGAUUAAACUUUUGUUCUUUUUGCAAUUUCUUCUUGCCUUCUCUCCAGCAACUGAAUACUUUCUGUUGGUAUUGUUUGACUUAGUUCUUUUUGGUCGAACUAUAUCUCUUAUGGUUUACUAUGGCAUACAACACAUUUUCACCAUCAUUUUUGUUUGAUAAUUUUGAAUUCGCUCGCUAUCUUUGUUAUCUGAAAUGGCAGUGACCAAUCCUUUCAUGUCUGUUACUUAAAAAUUUUUUUUUUUUAUUAAUGAAGAAAUACAGCUCUUCAUUUCCCAGAUCUAGGACCUUGUCAAUUACAAAUAACUCUUUAGGGUUAUCAAUGUCACUUUGAGUUGGUCUCAUCCACACGUUAAGAUCUGCAAAUAAAUUAUCUGUCAUCGCUUUGCCUCAAAUCUAUGUGGUGAAAUCUUUUUCUAUUAAAGUCUUCAGUAUUAUUGAAGUGCCUUAACAGUUGCUCUUUCAUAGUUUCAUAGUCAAUUAUUUCUAUGUUCUGGAGACACGCUAACAAGUCUCUACCUGAACCUGUCACAGCUGAUAAUAAUUCUACUUUCCAUUCACUUCUGUCAAUUUCUUGCAAGCUGCACUGUGCUUCAAAGGUCAAAAUAAAAUAAUCAAAGUUCUCCUGUCUAUUUUCAAAGUUUUGUAGUUUUUUUUUUUUUCUGUUUGUUCUUGUUUCAUUUACUUUUAUAGGUGUUGUUUUAUUUGAAUUAUUGGCUGAUUCUAAUUUCUUCAUUUCUAAUUUGUGAGCUCUUCUAGCAGCUCUUUCAUAUCUCCUUUCUUAUCUUGUUCAAUCCUCUUUAUUUGUAUUUUCUUAUUCUCAUGCAAUUUUCUCUUUUUCAACAAAUGCAGAUGUGAGAUGGUAUAAAUAUGCACAUAAGUCGAGAUAAAAAAAAGUACAAAUGAAUUAAUAAUAUUUAUAAACAUUUAGCACAUUCACAGAACUAAAGAAAAUCUAUCAAACAGCAUGUCCCAUGUCACUAGUAGUCUAAAAUUGUUAGGAAAAAUAACAUAAGAAAUCACAACGUUUAAUAGAUGUCAUGACCAAAUGUUAAUGAAUAACACACCAAUUAUCAGAUAUAGGUUAGGCUAUUGACAAACUUGACAGUCUAAUAACAAAAUUUUUUAUUUUUUUUAGAAAGAGGGCUUAAAUAUGUUAGGUAUCUUGUGUUCAGGUUUUACACUUCUUCCCAUUUAAUUAAUGAGACACAAACAAUUUGUGUAAAUAAAACAAUAUAGGUUAAACUUAAAUAAUGGUUACACAGAAUACAAAUGCAAAUGUUUUGGCAGUACAAAAAAAAAUAAUCAACAAAGACAUAUAAUAUUUGUGUCAUUUGCUCCAAAAAAAAGGUUGGACACCUCUGUAUUAAAUAUCAUCCAGUGAAUCUUGUUAGUUAUUUCACCCAAAUGAAAGAUGUGAGUCUUUUUCUUCCAGAUAUUGGACAUUAGGCAUUGCCUUAAGAUAUAUACUUGAGGCUUUGAGGAAACAGCCCAAUAGUAACAUGUACCUCUUUGGUGUAGCUUCCCUUGAAAGGUUUAAGACUAAGUGAGUAUUAAAGCUUAGAGUUUUUUGUUUUAGAGCAAGAUAUAUAAAAAGAGUAUGUAAGAAGAAGUAAAAUGUUUAAAUAAAUAGAAGACGUAAAUAAUACUUUUGACAAUCUUUUUAAAAGGUUAAAAGAGUAUCCACAAUACUGUCAACAUCUGGCACAGAUCCCACACUUCUCGCAGCUGCCACCACACCUCAUUGAAGUAAGUAUUUUGUAUAUUUUAAUGAAAGAUUGGGUCCAGUAAUAAGUUAUUGAAAAUGUAUUCUUUUAUGUGCUGAGUUCUUUUUGACUGAGUUUUUUUGCAAAAAAAAAAGGAAAAAAAAGAAAAGAUUUUUAAGUACUAGAAAAUAAACCACCCAUCUAUAGCCAAUGAUUUCUUUUAAAUUCUUUUCACAACUUUUUUCAGUAUGUUGAAUUUGGAUCUAGAUCUCAAGAACCACCACACCCUCAAAUGCCUCAAGGCAUGCUUAGUGAAAUCAGUGGGCGUCUGACUCCAGUUAGUAUGUUUCAUGGUCUUGUCAGACCAUCAAUGCCCUUAGAUGGACAAAAUGUUCCUACUUCAGGCUCAGCUCUAUCGGCAUCCGCACUGCCGGUAACAGCUACACCCUCGACACCUACACCUAUUUCAGCAGCCCCAAGAGGAGCCACUUUUGCAAAGGUAAUUCUUAAAACUGCACCAUCAACAUUUAAUCAGGCACAUGCAGAUAGACAGAACACUUAAAACCCAUAAUUCUACAUACAUUUUAUUACUUCUAUUAUAUGAUCACUGCCUGUUUCAAGUAACAUACAUUGGUGUUUUUGUAUUCUCUUAAAUGUGACAGUAAUAUACCUUUUUUUUGUGUGUAAUUAAUUUUAUUAUUUUUUUUUUUCAGCCAUCAAUUGCUACAGCUACAAACAUUGAUACUCUGCUAGCAGGGCAAGGGAAUAAUGAUGUUAUGGUUCCCUCUGAAGCUAUUCAAGACAAAGUUUUUUUCAUUUUCAACAAUUUGUCCCUUGCUAAUAUGAAUCAGAAGGUAACAGUAGUUGACUUUGGUUAAUCUCUUCAUGAUAUUUAAUCUUUUUCUAUUUUGUUAACUAAUUUUAACAGGUUCAUUGUUGAAGUUGUUAUUAUUUCAUUAAAAAAACAACUUAUGUGAUUAUUUUUAAUUAUUAUAAAAUAACAGAUAGUGAAAUUAACAACGUUUAAACUGAACACUUAAUUAUAAAUUAAUUUUUACAGGCUGAAGAGUUGAAAGAAGUCAUGGGCAGUGAUUAUGUUUCUUGGGUAGCUCAGUAUCUUGUGAUGAAACGUGCCAGUAUAGAACCUAAUUUCCACACUCUCUACUCAAACUUUGUAGAUGUAUUAGGCAUAGAAACUCUUACUUCAAAAGUUAUUACUGAAACAUUUAGAAACAUCAAGGUUUGUUUCACUUUUAUUUAUGCUAAAGAACUAAUAUAUUAAAAUAGACAUCACCUUCUUAGUUAAAAUUAAUGGUUUGAUAAUUUCAAGUUAUUAAAGUAACAUUUUCAUCCUCACAUCUUUUAAGUAUAAAUAUUUGUUUCUGGUCAUUGUCUUUUACUGUUAAAAUGUUUUGAAAUCUCUAGUCAUUUGUGAUUACUUUAUAAAUUAUUUCAAAUUAAAGGAUUAACAAGUAUUGCUUUUUGGUGACUAAGUCUGAAUUCAAAGCAUGUCCAAUGACAGCUGUAUUAAUUUUUUUUUAAAAAAAGGUCUUACUUCGUAGUGACAAGGGAGUAGCAAAUUUUUCUGACCGCACACUGCUCAAGAACUUAGGCCACUGGCUUGGUAUGCUGACGCUAGCCAAAUGCAAACCAAUUCUUACAACGGUGAGUUGUUAAGAGUUUGUUACUUGUGUCUCUUCCUUUGCCACAAAUAAUGUAAAACUUAUUUAGAACAAGUAUCACACCUAUUUUAAAAAAUAUGUUGUUUAAUCAUGGAAAUAAAUAAAUCUGAAUACAUCCUCAUACAUAAGGUGCUAGGUGAAUCCACAUAACUUGUUCAAUACAUUCUUUUAAAUGCAAAAUCAAUGAAUUAUGGGAGCAUACAAAAAAUAUUGAUUUCAAGAAUAUAAAAAUAUAUUUUAAAUCAUGAACCUAAAAAGCUAAAUAGUGUUACAGCCAAGAUAUAAACCAACUUUCCCAGAGAUUUUCAGAAAAGAUUUUCCUUAAAAAAGCAAAUUUAUGCACAUCAUACCCCAAAAAUAAGAAGGUCCUUGGUCCCAAAUACCUUAAGAAUUGUAUUUAUUUGUAUUUUAAAAUGAAAUUCAUGAAUUACCUUUAUGUGUGUCACGACCAUGCACAUAUUUUGUGCCAGACUUUUGGUUUUGUGUGACAAGUGAACAUGCCAUGUCGAAAAUGUUUUUAAUGCUGUUUUAAACCCUUGUUCAUGCUUUUCAUUCCCCUUAUAAAGCAUGGGCCUACUCUCACCACGGUGAGUUUGAAGUAGCCUUAAUUAACAAUCCCUGUAUCAAAAAAUUUACAUAUUAAAAUAGUUUUAAAUGUUAGUCUUGUGGUGAAGAAAAAAAUUGAGGUGAUUUUCUGUUUUAUGUCAGCUUUCCAAUUUUUUUAGUUUGGAAAAUGUACAUUGUUUUUUUUGUUUUUAAGUGAAUGAAUGGUUUGCAAGCAUAAAAAUAAUGUACCUUGUAUUAUUAACUGUUUUAGCAGGAUCUAAAUCUUAAGGCGUUGAUCUAUGAAGCCUACCAAAAGGGCAAUCAAGAACUUCUCUAUGUUGUUCCUUUUACUGCCAAAGUCUUGGAAUCAUGCGCAAAAAGCAAGGUAGCGUUAUCUUUCAAAUUAAAUAUCUUACAUUGCAUUAUUAAGAACAUUGCUAUAAAAUUAUUGAAAAUUGUGUAGAAAGGAGAAUAGGAUGGUUCUUCUCACUUGUGUAAUUAAAGAUCAAUAAUUUAAAAUUAAUUUUUUUUUUUUUUAAAUAAAAUGUUUCAAUAAAUACAACAAUUAGAAAAGUCAAAGCCAGAUGUUUAGGAAUGUUUUAAUGUAAGAAAAUGUUAUAAUCAAAAUUUUUAUCUCCAAUUUAGAUUUUUUGUAAGCCCAACCCUUGGACUCUAGCCAUAAUGAAUGUCCUUGCUGAACUUCACCAAGAGCCUGACCUGAAGCUAAACCUGAAGUUUGAGAUUGAAGUAUUAUGUAAGACACUGAACAUUGAUAUAUCAACAGAGUUGAAAGCAACUAAAUAUUUACGAGAUCCAACCAGAAUGGCAACCUUGGAGCAUCAGCUCUCACCUGUCAAACCACAGGAGGAGCCUGUCCCAUCAGCAGGUUUGUUUCAUUAUUUUAAAUAUGAAGUUUAAAAAGUAAAUAUUAAUUUUAUAAAUUUAAUUUUGUGUAUCCCUUACAGUAAAUUUUAUGACUACCUGAUCUAUUAAGAGCAGAGCUAAUGGUCCCAACACAUUGUUUCUUUGGUGUAAAAAAAUUCCAGCUGUCAUUUACGUACCUUGGGGUAGACAUGACACUGCAAAUUUUGUAACAGAAUGCAGAUUUCUAUAAUUGUAUUAUUUCUAACAAUUUAUUACUAAAUAACUGCUUAUAGAGUUGAUCAUAUGAUGAAUGUUCAAAAAAAUUAUCAUUACUAUUCGAAUAGUAGGGAAAGAUUUAAGUAUUGAGAUCAAUAACUAUUAUUUAUUUAUUAUAUUUUUAUAGUUGCUCAGCCACCAGCAGGUCUCCCAAUGCCACCAAUACCAGGGAUGCCACCUAUGCAUAGCCUCCCCCCUCCUCCUCCAAACAAUAUCUCCAUCCCACCUCCACCACCUGUCAUUCAACUCUCCACUGGGCCUGCCAACACUACAUUGCCCCUUCAACCACCAAAGUUCAAUAUUCAUGACAUCAAUACCAACACCAAUCUGGCAUCAUUCCUCCAGCAAUAUAUUGUUAUUAAUGAGCAGGUAUGUCAGCUUGUGUUAAAUGUGAAAUAAUUUUUUAUGCAUUAAUAAAUUAAAAUUAAAAUAAUAUAGUAGAGAAAAGAUUAAGAGAUUUUUAAAAUAAUAAUAUUAAAAAAAAUGUUGUUUGUCAUCAAAUUAUAAACUAUUUUAAAUUCAUUCAGAAAUUUUAAUAUCUUUUUUGUUUUCAUGAUUUUUCCAGGUGAUAUACAUUCAGGCCAAUGUCUCUUUGAGAAAUAGUGUUAUUGGAGCUAUUGAAAGUACAAUGCAAGAUUUUAUUGUACCAAUCACAGACAGAGCUAUCAAAGUUGCGGUUGCAACAACUGAACAGAUUGUCAAAAAGGUAGUUAUAGAUACCUUUAUAUCACACUUGAUGGAUGUCGUUAUAGUGUUAAGGGUGGGCUUAGCACCUUAUGAUGUGUGUCAAGCAGAAACACAGAAUGCACAUAAGAAUUGUAACUAUUUUAUCAAGUUAUGAAAUCUAAAUAUAUUUAGGAUUUUUUUUUUUCAGUAUCUAGUAAUGUUAAAAAAUACAUGAGUUACUGGCUAUAUAAAUUGAUUUAAGAGGCGAGAAAGUACUUUUUGUUUAUCCUACACCAGCUUCUGUGUAACAUUUCAAAAAGAAAGUGUAAGAAAUAUUUUUAUGCAAUAAUUUAACUUAGACUAAUAGUGCAUUGUAAUUUCUAUCUAAAGAUUCAAAUCCAAGGCUUUUUAAAUAGCUUGCUUAUGUGGUAUCAAACAUAGGCCUAAAAUAUGAGACUUCAUUUAAAUCAUUAUCCAUUAAGAUAACAUGAAAGUGAGAAACAAAACAUUGUUUUAAGUUUUUUGAAACUCUUUAAUCAGCCCUUAGUUUUUUGGGCCACAUGUUUUUUCUAGUAGUGCUGCAGUUACUGAGAAAAUAUAUAUUUUAGUAUUUGUUACUUUGACAAACAAAAUUAUUUCCUUUCAUAUAUUUUACUUUCCACAUUAAGGGUCUCCAAACAAGCCUUUUGAAAUAUUUUGAAAAUAUUUUUUGAAGAAAAACAAAAUUCACUACAUUUCCCCUUUAGUAUAUCUAUAUAUACAUGUACUAUUUGCAUUUAAAAUACAUUUUUAAACAAUUUUUUUGAAAAGCAGGACAAAAAAUAUAUAAUAAGUUCACUUUCUCCUUGUUUGGGAACCCAUAGUUCUUCAUGGUAACUAUGUUUUAAAAAGGAAGUGUCUCAUUUUCAGGACUUUGCCUUGGAUUCUGAUGAAAUUCGAAUGCGAACUGCUGCUCAAGCUAUGGGUCGGAAUGUUUGUGCUGGUCUUGCUCUGAUUACUUCUAGAGAGCCAAUGGUUCAGCAACUCAAGUUAGCCAUCCAGCAAGCUUUGGUCAGCAACAUUAGAGGGGUACGUUAAUGAUGAUAAGACAUGUAUAUAAUCAGGAAAGUUAGAGCUGUUAAAUUUCUCUUGUUUAUCAACUUAUUUUCUAAAAAAAUAUAUUUAAAUAAUGACAUCGUUUUAAAAAAAAUCUAAAUUCAUCAAUAACAAUACUGAAAUUUAUAUUUGAAGGCUCUGUGUUAUAUAUUUGUGACUAUAGUUCUCUUCUUACAUACAGAUUAGUAAAUAAAAAUACCUGUCUUGGUAAAUCUGAUACACAUAUCAAGAAUAAUUUUUUAUUAUAAUUUUUUUUUUGUCUCAACCCUUAAAGAAAAAACCCCAAGAGACUACAAAAUUAAUUCUGAAGCUUGAAUCAAUGUUCUCAUAUAAUGGGGACAUAUGAGGAUUGUCCAUAUUUAUAGAGUUAAAUAACAUCAACAAUAUUUAAUUUCCAUGACCACAUUAAAUUCUUGCUAGUAAUUAAAUAAGAUAUAUGUAUAUUGGCUUUUUGGCAAUUUUAUUGAUUGAGUGAAUUGAGAUAUGUUGGGGUCCAUCUUCUCAGUUGUUACUUUCGUGUGUACUUUAUAAUCUUUAACCUUUUUUGUUGUUAAUAAUGCUGGUCAGUAAUUUUACAACCCAUAACUCUAAGGAUGGCUAUCUUUGAUGCUGAAAUAGGCCUUUUGGGGGUAUCUCAGCUGCCCCUUAAUAUAACUGUCAUAGUUUCUUUUAGGGAGGCUUUGGAGGGAAAAAAGCAUAGAAAUUACAUCUUGGGGUUAUCAUAUCUUUUAAUUAAAAUAACAUCCAUCUGCCAUAAAUAGCAUGUUUGCUAGCAUUGUUUUUUUCUAUGAAAGAGCUAAAUAGAAAACAUAAUUAACUCAUUCCCGACGGUUGCGACUAAAUGCGUCCUCGGGGGGGUUCCUCCUGAUGCGUCCAAAUGCGUCCCGGCGCAUAGCGACACACUUCUCUUAUUUUUAGUUAAAAAUAGCAAUGAAAUCUCGCACCCCUCGAGACUUCCGGCUAUGGCGUGAUUUCUGCAUGAUUUUAAUUUAGAAACCGGAAGUUUUUAUCUUGUUUCAUUUUAAAACUACGUGUGCUUUAGUACGGCGCGUCUAUAUGUACCAUGCGUUCGUCCGAGGUGCCGAAAAUCGAUUUUUUUGGCCAUUGUUCGUUAUUUUUCCCCCGCUAAUGUUAUAUUUAUAUUAAACCUUAUUCAUUUUUUGUUGCAUUUGUUCUUAAUUCAUAAUUAAAUAAUAUUUAGCAACUUAAAAAAAUAUUUUAAAAAUACAAAUCAAUUUCAAAACUGAGUUGCUUCCCUUUUCUCAGGAAAAUAAAUUAAGUCCGGAAGCAGCGCUGCCGGAGGGAAUGAGUUAAAACAUGAAAUCAGGAGAAAAGGGUGGAAGUCUAAAUGUAGAGGGUAAAAGAUUGAGUGGAAAUGGUUGUAGAGUUUUAUUAGAAACAAAAAAACAAAAAAGGAAUUUAUGAUGUAGACUAUAUCAAAAUUUACUCAAGUUUAUAUUUUAUAUUUUUUUUUUAGCAACAAAAUGCUUCACAGUUGAAAACUAUAGAAGAUGCAGCUGUCAUAUUAGCCAAUGACAAUGUUGAGAUCUGUGCCAACUAUAUUCAGAAACUAGCUGUUGAGAGAGUUGGUGCUGAAAUGGACAAGAAACUUGCAACAGUAAGCAUGCAUAUUUUGUUUGAUGACCUAGAGAAUUUUUCCUAAUUGUAACUGUUGUAUUUUUUUAAAAAUGUUGCUGCAAGAUCUAAUGCUGAUUUGUAAUUUAAAACAAAUAAACUGCUCUAAAGUUAAAUUUAAUGCACCUUUUUCAGGAGUAUGAAGUUAGGAAACGUCGCCGCCAGGAAGGAAUUCGUUACUAUGAUCCUCAAGUUUUUACUUACCAGUCAGAAAGAAUGCCAGAGCAGAUCAGUCUAAAAGUAAAACAUGAAUAACUGUUUCCUCUUUAGUCUUUGAAUUUAAAUACUGUAUUUUCCGGCAUAUAUGCCGACUGGGCGUAUAAGACGACCCCCUACUUUCCUGUUAAAAUCUAGGGUUUGGGCUGUACACCAGCUCAUUAGACCCCCAGCGUAUAAGAAGACCCCCAACUUUUGAAAAGAUUUUUAUGUGUUAAAAAGUCGACUUAUAUGCCGGAAAAUACGCUAGAUGUUUUGUUAUAUUUUCCUCAAAAUAAAAUAAGGUUCCAAAGACAGCUUAUUAUUUUACUUAAGGGCUGUACGAUUUUUAUAAUAGUAACUAAAUUGCAGAUGUUAUUUUAAAAAAGUAAACCCAAUUUUGCUCAUUUUAAAAGCAUAGCAGUCAUGUCCCCUAACAUCAAAUUAUCAAUAUACCUUUUAAAAUAAAUUCUCACUUUUUCACCAGACAAGAAAUCAUGCACAUAUAUAUUUUAUUUUGUUUUUCAUAGUAAUAAUAAAAUAGUAUUUAAAUUUUUUUUUAAAUAGGUUGGCUCAGUCACAUCCCAGCAACUGGCUGUUUAUGAUGAGUUUUCAAGGAACAUCCCUGGAUUUCAGCCACUGACAGAUAUAGUUCCUCCCUCUGGUUCAAGGCCGACCACUUCAGUAAUUAAAUUUUAAAAAUUAAUUUUAUUUGAAAGUUCAAAAUUUUUAUUUUUUGUAAAUUAAAAACACCUCUGGGAAGAACUUUAUUAAAAUUGAGAAGCUUUUAAAAAUAUGAUUAUUUUAAUGGCCUUUCUUAAGUAAAGCAAUCAUAUUUCCUUUGUUUUAAUGAAACUAAACACAUAUUUUUUUACACAUCAGUCAAAAUUAGUAGAAUUUUAAUAUAAGGAACAAAGAGAGGAAAUACUUUUUGUCCCCUUUUCUUACAGAUGAGUGGACAAGAGGAACUCAUUCAUCUUUAUGAGAAAAUGGUCUCUGAGAUUGAGUCUCAUAUGCAUCUGAUGGCAAAUCCUACAUUGUUCAUUCCUCAUCUGCAACAGCUGAUGCAGGCUAUAAAUGUGGCCCGUAACACCCUGGACAAGAACACAGCUACUCAACUAGUGCAGAAGGUAUUAGUUACAUAAGAGCCCUUUUUAAGACCUUGUUUCUGUCUUAUUUCUCUUAAUUAUUAUUUUAUACUUUUCUUUUAACCAUUUCAUUACCGCUGGUUUUUGGGGGCAUCGAUUUUUGCUGACUCAGCAAUAAAAACCUUAAAAGAAGAAACUUUCUGUAUUUUUCAUGCUCUAUCUGAUUCACAUAUUAACUUCUCUAUAAAUUAACAAAUUGCUAUAUAGAGCUUGUUUACAUAAUUUUUCUCGUGCGUGCCCUCUGAUUGACCCCGCAUGAGACGCUGUGUUCACAGAGGGGUGUUGCUUAGUCGUUUGAUCUGUCGUGUUUAUGCCGCCAGCCACUAAAAAUAAUUAAGCUGUUCAAAAUAGUAUUUUGUAGAAUGAAUGUGAUUGUUCUAGAAACGUCAUAAGUCUUUCUGGAAGGCAGGGCUUACGCGACCUAUAUAAGGGAUUGACAGGCACGGACGGAGGGACGGAGAUUCAGAUAGAUAUUAUUAACUUUACGAGGCGUGUAUUAUUUCUUGUGUAUUUGUGUGCUCAUACUUAUAUGCGUUUAUUUCGCAUUCAUCAUUAUUUAUUGGCACAUUAUUCUGUGUUAACUGUGUACCGGUACAAGAUCUACCAUACUGUAAGUUGAAGAUUGUAAUUAUAUUUUCUUUUCUUUUGUAAUUAUAUUAAGACUUAAUAAAUCUUAUUAAUUGUAACUAGAAACUGCUUUGGGUGUCGUAUCUUUAAUAUUGUUGAUUCUAUGGUAUCGUCCUUUGUUAGGCACUGUUUACAACGAGCCAAUUAAAAUAGGAGAUUAAUUUCUUCCAAUACAAGUCAGUUCGUAACAGAAUAAAGAAAUAUAUAGCAUUGAAAUAUGACAUCGAAGUGACGUUCUUGGUAUUUCAGAAAAGUUCUUUGCCUCUUUGUUAUGACGACAAUGUGACGUCCUUGGUAAUUGAAAGUGGGGGAUCUUGACGUCGUCGUGACUUCGCGUUGACGUCAUCAGUAACGAAAAGGUUAAAAGCAUAUUUAAGCAUUUUUAUAUUUAUUUAAAGGUUAUACAUAUUUAUUAAAAGUAUUUUGUCACUACAUAAUUUCAGGCUGUGGAGGGGCUCACUGAACAGUAUGCAAUGACAAAUAUGGCUGAUGGCGAAACACUACUUAGAUUUAGAGAAUGCCAUUUGCUUGUACUAAAGACCUUUGCUGAACACAGGGCUUUUGGUAUGACUUGGAUUGCCAAGGAAGUUACAAGGUAAAAUCUAAAUUAAUUUAGGCAUAUUUAAUAUGCCUUCAUUAGGAGUCUAUCAACAUUUGGUAACAUACUUUAGGUAAUACACAUCUUUCUUCUCUAUUAAUAAGAGUUUAUUUCAAUUCACUGCAUUUUUUAUUCAUGCAUAUUUAAAAUUAAACAAAAAUAUUUUUUACUAUUAAAAUAUAUUUUUAUACAUUAAUAAAUAACAUUAAUUUCUCUUUUUAUUUGCUUAGAUGCCUUAUGCAGAGUAGAGAAGACAAUCGUUACAAUUUGGAUGUUGUUGAGUUGCUCAUUAGAAAUGGAUUUGUCCACAUGCCUCAAUAUGAUGUCUACUUGUCCUCUUUAAUGGAAAACGGACUUAAUCAGAUUGGCAUUAAUUUUACUACCCAGCUAAUGCAACGCUUGUGUGUGGAAGAUAAGACUCGUGCACCUCAACAGGUGAUCUGUUCAGAGGUGAGUUGGUUUGUAGGUGUAGGUAUUCGAAAUGAAAAUUUCAUGAAAAUAAAUAAAAUUCAAAUAUUCCCAUAAUUAGAGGUUGGCUUAAUCAGAACACAACCAUGAAUUUGAUUUCUCAGUCUCAAAUUUAAAAAAAAAAGUUAUGGAUUCCUCAGAAACAGCAUCAAAUUUUAGAGGAUCUGAAAGGGAUAGUUUUGACACCCGCCAUCUUCUAAAAUAAAUAAUUUUAAACACGUUGAAAUCUCAUACACACAGCCAAUUAUACAAACUUAAUUUUUUUAAGGGUUGUCACUAAGACAGACCUGCUUACGAUUUUGGCGUACAAUGUUACAUUUUGAGGUGUAUACAUUAUAUAUACUUUGAUUUUUUUUUACUAUUAAGAUAAUGUAUCGAACGAUUUUGUGAUGAUGUAAACAGGUCUGCUAAGAUGUAAAUUUAAAAAAAUUAUUCUUAAAAAAGUGAAAAGAAGCAAAUUGAGAAAUUAUUAACAGGGAGACAAAAAGUCAAGUUAGUUCAUUUUUAACAAUUCAUAGAAAUAACUAAAUCAUUUAGUUUGUGAAAUAUCUUAAAUAAGCAUGUUCAACAUAUUGUAUAAACUGAUAAUGUUUUUAAUUGGAAAUAAACUCAGGUUAAAAAAUACAAAUAAUUUUUAAUUCAAUAGCUGGUGGUGACUGAUUUUUUAAAAAAAUAUGAAUUUGAUGAAGUUUUUCUGAAGCUUGGGGGAUUAGUUCCGUAAACUAAUUUGCAAAAUAGUAACAUUUUUAUUAUAAAACAGAUAGGCUUUCAGAAUAUGUACUUUUGCACGCUUUGAAAUGGUGUCAACAGCUAAAAAAUAUUUUUUUUAUUUUAAAAUCAAUGUUUUUAAGCAUACAUUUUUGUUUUACAUCUUGCAAAAAAUAUGUCAGAAUAAAGAUCUACAUCAGUACUUUCUAAAAAAAAUUUCUUUCAGUCCAACAAAUAUAUGGUAAAAAUCACCUGGCAGUUAGUGAGAAACAAUUUUUUAAAAAAAUAAAAUGAUCCACGCAAAAAAAUUUUCAGUGGCUCAUUUAGAAUACCUCAAACAUGUUGAUAUAAGUUGUUGCAGGGAAUUUCUCCAAAGCUUGGGCUUUCAAAGUAACCCACAUAAAUGAUGAACUUAUUUAUAGCAAAACUUUAUUUAAUCUUGAGAAUAACCAAACUCCACCUUAACAAGCAGAAAUGUUAAUUUUGUACUACUUGUGGAGAUACUUUGAAAAGUAUUUUCUAAUCCUGAAACAAAUUUUACAUUAAACCAUUGUUCAAGAUUUUAUUUUUGUUAUUUCCUUUUGUAGUCUGACUUCACCAACAGCAUUGAAGCCCUGAAUAUGAUCGGUUCUCGCUCACGCCAAACUCAGCCAGACAGCCUUCCUGCCCUCAUCGAAUCUUUGAGGGUGGGUGGCAGCUCUUCAUCUGAUCCUUCCAGUCUUAUGGACCGUGUGCCAGGAAGUGUGACCUCAAUGAUGCAAACAGGAAUCACACAAGCUAGGGAAUUUGAUGACCCCGCUGGCCUUCAUGAAAAAACUGAAUACCUACUUCGUGAAUGGGUCAACAUGUACCACUCACCUCAGGCAGGCCGAGACAGCUUUAAGGCAUUCAAUGCUUUUGUGCAACAGGUAGUAAAAUUGGACCUCAAGUUUUAAAUUAAUCCUCUUAACGGGGAUAUCAAAUAAUUAUUUUAACAAAUGAUAAUUUUAUUUGAGACAAGGUUUCAACAUAAUUUAAACAUACUAAAAUAAAACAUCACGAUAUUCCAGAUGCACACACAGGGCAUACUUAAGACAGAUGAUCUGAUUACACGCUUCUUUCGACUUUGCACUGAAAUGUGUGUUGACCUCUGCUACAGAGCUCUGGGUGAGCCAGGACAAUCAACAACCAUGAUUCGAGCUAAGUGUUUUCACACUUUGGAUGCAUUUGUCCGCCUGAUUGCAUUACUUGUUAAGCACUCUGGCGAGACCAAUACAGUCACAAAGAUUAACCUGCUUAACAAGGUGAAUAAAAUAAGAAGUGAACAUUGUAAUUAAAAAAAUAAAUCUCUUUAACUUUUCUUUGUUACAUUUUAUCUUCUAUAAAAUUAGAAAUGUAUGAGGAGAAUAUUGCAUCCAAUGGCAACAUGUUUUUCUAUUGGCAUAUGUAAUAUACCUGAUAAAAUUUAGACAAGUGGGAGUCCUUUUUUGAAUAUUUCUAAUUGGACCAGAAUUUCAAAUCUUAUCUUCAGGUGCUGGGCAUAAUGGCGGGUGUGCUGCUGCAGGACCAUGAGGUGCGUUACACUGAGUUCCAACAGCUCCCGUACCACAGAAUUUUCAUCAUGCUCUUCAUCGAACUAAAUGCUCCGGAGCCUAUUUUGGAGGCCAUUAACUUUCAAGUUCUUACAGCUUUCUGGUAAAUUUUUAAUUAACACUGAUUUAAAUUCUGCAAGGAACUGUUCAAUAAAUUCUUAAAGCUGUAACUUUAAUGCAUAAUCUUUGAUUUUGUACUAAAAUAACCCCUUACAUUUGACUUCAUUAUGCUUUUUUGAUGGGUUUCUUUCCCCCUAAGUUCUUUCCCAUGCCCUCAUUAUAACAGGUAGACUUCUGGUUUUGAAGGAAUUUGAAUCCUGGGCUAUGUCAAUGAUUUUGUGCCCGAAAAUGUACUUGGAUUAUUGUAUAGUUACAAUUUAUUCAUAAGCUUCUCUAUUUACGGUUGCAAUGAACUUUGAACAUUUUUUCGCUAUCCUAAUAAUGAUUUUUUAAAAUAAUAAUUUUAUCCUCAGUCAUGUUUUUCAUAUCCUCCGUCCUGCCAAGGCACCAGGGUUUGCUUAUGCAUGGUUAGAGUUGAUUUCUCACCGUGUGUUCAUUGGCAGAUUGUUGGCUCUCACUCCGCAUCAAAAGGUUUGUUUGGAAUCUCUAUUGGAAUUUAAUACCAAGCCAGAUUUUCAAGAAUUCAUGUUUCUGUUACAAAAUCAGAAUAGUUGAUAGAUUUUUUUAUAGAUAUUUAAGUAUACUGAUGCACUUAAGAAAAGAAAAUAGAUGCUCAGAUCAUUAUAAUUAAAAGAAAAUAGUGGUACAAAUAAUAAUAAAGCUAUAGUUCAACUCUGCAUUUGAAUUAUCAAUUUUUCUUGGCUGUGUCGGUAUAUAAAUAUAAGUAUGUAUUUUUUUUUUACUCUUUAAGUUGUUGAUGCUGUUCUAAAUGUAGAUUACUUAUCUCAUUAAGGGCUGGGGCUUUUAUGCUCAACUGCUGGUAGACCUUUUCAAGUUUCUGGGUCCUUUCUUGAGAAAUGCAGAUAUGACUAAACCAAUGCAGCUCCUCUACAAGGCAAGAACCAGUGUUUAGAACAUAUUAAAAAAUAUUAGUUAAAGAGUUUUGCUUUCAUAAAAAAACAACAAAUUUUAGAUAUUUUUGGAUAAUGUCUAAUCAACAAAUUUGUUUUUCUAAUUUCAGGGGACCUUGAGGGUUCUGCUGGUUUUACUUCAUGAUUUCCCUGAAUUUCUCUGUGACUAUCACUACACUUUCUGUGAUGUUAUUCCACCCAACUGUAUUCAGAUGCGCAACCUUAUUCUUAGUGCUUUCCCUCGCACAAUGAGACUGCCAGAUCCAUUUACUGUCAAUCUUGUUGUGGAGCACCUGCCUGAUAUCAACAAGGCACCUAGGAUUUUAACAAAUAUUGUCUCACUUAUUCAGCCAGCUUCUUUCAAAAAGGUCAGAAGUGGUAUAUAAACAUAAUUUAACUGUGAUAAUGUAUAAUCUGUUAAAAAAAAAAAAUGCUGCAUAGAAAUUAUAUAAAUGUAUGCAAGAAAGGCUGUUUAAUUUUUUUUUUCCCCCACAUUUAUAGUUUAGUGAGAUUUAUUUAUUUUAACGAAGAUUGACAGUAUAAUACAAUCUCCAGCUGUUUUAUUUUUUCCAUUAAGAAUUUAUAUUUAAUAGAUUUAUAUGAAACUCCUGAAUAUAUCCGCAAUGUUUAAGAAUCAUAAAACCUCGGCACAAUUAACUCUUUGGUAGCUAAUUGAUAAUAAUUUGCAAACUAUAUUUCAGGAUUUGGACUCUUACUUAAAGACAAGAUCACCAAUAACGUUUUUGUCUGAGCUAAAGAGCAAUCUGCAGGUACUGCCACCCAAUGCUGUUAUCUAUGGACUUUAUGUCUUGUCUCCUAUUCAGAAUACUUUUAAGUAAAAAAUAAUUCUCUUUAACACAACUCAUAGUGCAUUUAACAAAUAUCUAUCCAUCUUAACCUCAUUACCCAAAGAUUUCAUAUUGACAUUGGAAUCAUUAAUUAUCAAUUACACCAUGUUGUCAACAACAAAAAACUAUUCCAAAUCCUUGUGAUACACUUAUAAAUACGUAGUAAAUAUUUACUAUUUAGUCAAUGUCAGCAGCAAAAAAAUACAUUUAGAUUUAUAAAAUACUUAUUUCUCAUUUUUGAUCUUUCCUUUAAAUUUACUCUUGAUAAAGUCUGAUACCUCUUACUCUAUAACAUUGCAACUGCUUUUAUCUUUUGUUAUUUUCAGGCAAAUCCUCAGGGAAGCCGCUAUGAUAUCCCUCUGAUAAAUGCAUUGGUGUUGUAUGUGGGGACACAAGCAAUCCCACUGCUUCAGAAUAAGGGAGUCAGCAUGAGCACCAUAGCACCAAGUUCUCACAUGGAUAUCUUCCAAAACUUGGCUGUUAAUUUGGACACUGAAGGUAGCAUUUUUUGCAACUUGGAUUUAAAUUAAAUUCCAUAUCAGACAUUUUAAAAUUCUACAUGUUUAUAAUCAAAUAAUAUUUAAUUAAAAACUUUACGAAAAAUGUACCAGCAUGUUUUUAAAAAAAAUAAGAUAUUUUCUUUCACUUUCAAAAGUGGUAAAAAUUGUCCUUGUGGGCCUCUUAUCAAAUAGAGAGGGUUUAUCUAAAGUAAGCACAUUAAGGAUUUAAGAUUUAUCAUACAUUAAAAAAAAUUCUGAAAUAAUUAUGAUGGCAACUUAAAAAGAUAAUCAUUUCUUUUCUGCUUUCCAUAUUCAUUAUUUAUUCUUUCUUAUUAAUAUUUUAAAUAUUGGCUUUGGUUUCAGGACGCUAUCUAUUUUUGACUGCUAUAGCCAAUCAACUGAGGUACCCUAACAGUCAUACCCACUACUUCAGCUGCACUCUCCUAUAUCUGUUCAGACAGGCCAAUGAUCAAACUAUUCAGGAGCAAAUAACAAGGUAAACCUUUAUUAUUCUAUUUUCUGACAACUUUUAAAAAAUACUUCUCUACUUUAUAGUUUCAAAAUCUCAUCAACAAAGAGUUGGUAAAGAAAAAAAUAAAUUUCAAACUUAAACCCAAUCAGUGCUGAAAUGUAAAAAAAAAAAAAAAAAAAUUAAAAAUAAUAUAAUUAGGGUCUUAUCAGCAAGAUGAAAAUAAAUUUUUAAAAUUUCAUUCAACAGGGUGCUCUUGGAGCGUUUGAUCGUCAAUCGACCUCAUCCAUGGGGUUUGCUCAUCACCUUCAUUGAGCUGAUCAAAAACCCAAACUUCAAGUUCUGGGAGCAUGAGUUUGUGCGUUGUGCUCCUGAGAUUGAAAAGUAUGUAAGAACAGGCAAUAUUUCAUGGAGCGCUGGCAGUAGUGCAUAAACUUCCAAAGAUGAUGUAAAGAAUUUUAGUAAAAUAUUUACCUUUUUUUAGAAUGCUUGAUAAUACACUUUAAAAUAUGCUUCUUCUACUUCCCUACUUUCCUGGGAAGCCCUAAUCCAUCAAGUAUGGGUUAUUAUCCGUAUUACCUUGCAUAAUCAUACAAUGCUUACUCUAUACUAUAUAUUUUUAUUAUUGAAAGAGGGAUUUGGGGGUUUUAAUUCAGAGAACUGUGAUUCUCUUAAAUUAAUUUUUUUUAAAGCUUACUUGUGGAAAUAAAACUUGACAUGUAUUUUACUAAAAAUCAAGCCAUUGAGAUCAGGGUUAAAAUAUGUUAUGAAUACUUGCUUCAUCAGUGGUGCCAGUGCUCCAUACUUUCAGCAUUUUUCUCCUUUCUUUUCUUUUAAAUUUUAAUUUUUAAAAAACAUUUUGUGGCUUGGUUAAUAAUGGCCACAACUUUCUAAAUAAAGUUCAUUUUAAAAUUAUUCUGUAACCAGUAUUUUAUAUUUUUUUCCACUUAAGAAGCCACAGUUAUAAGUUUGUUUACUAGUAUGUCUUUGACAUCAUUUUGUCUUUGAAAGAUGAUGGUGUAGCUUCUUAUCUGGGCCUCAGUGAGCACCUGAAGAUUCUAAUCUUUGAGUUGAAGUCUGCUACACUUUCAGCAGAUUAACAUCAGACUUUGACAUCACUUCACCAUCUGUAAUGAUCCUCAGCUCAGGGUAUCUUUAAAGCUUUCAUGCACACGCCGUUGUUGUCAACCUGAUUCUUUGUUGGGAGGAGGCCUGGGUCCACUCUCUUGAUGUGGCAGUCUCUUAGGGUGCCUCUUGCUACUCAAGUUGGCAAAUUCCAGAACCUCAGUGUUGGACACUUUUCCCCCAUUCAAAUGUUUGUGGUUCAUGGCUCACUCCCCAGUUUGGUCAUUCCAGACCCACUUCUUUAAUAUGACCUUUGGCAAUCCUGCUGUUCACCUAUUUGUUAAUGGAGAGUGAGCUGGAGAUGGUUGACUCCUGACAUGUCCCAUGAAACUGCUGCAGUGAGCCUAUCAUGGCUAGGUUCUUGAAGCCCCCAGGGGCUUUUCUAUGUGAAGAAGGGCAAUUUCCUAGUAAUUAUAGCAGUUGAUAAGGUCUUAUAAGGGAAUUCUCACAAGUGAUGCAGUUGUUUUUUCUGAGCCCUCCCGUUUUUUCUGAGCUCUCCCAUGUUCGGCUGGUAGGUCUGAGUUGGUCUUCUAGGAGUCUGCGACUGUAUAUUGUGUUGAAUACAGCUAAAGAUCCAGAAGCAUUUGCAGUUGUUGCCUCAGUCUGUGAUGACUUUCCCAUUUUGGACUUGAUUUGCAAAGUCUUGAUUCCUAUUAGAAACUCCUUACAAUGCUGUUAAUAGAAACUGUUGGUCUUCUUUGAACAGUGUUAUGAAUCAGUGACACUUCCUUCUGGCAUGGUGAAUUUUUGUGGGCAUUUUGUCGUACCAUCCUGUCCAUGAAGAAAGGUCCUUUGUCUCAGAUGGCCAGAUUAUAGGUGUGGGGGAAGAGUACUAUCGCUAAUUCGUUCUGGUGAUCAGGUGUAGCUGAUGCAAGUGGUGGGAACAUGGUGACUGCAUGAUACCUGGUGGAUCUUCUUGCACUUGAAUAAUGUGUUGGUCACAUAGGCUGUUGAAGCAGCACAACUCUAGUAGUUGAUCACUCCCUUUGAUCUUGCCCUUUCCUUGAAAGCUGAGGCAAGUAGGUCAAGCCUCAAGGCCAGGUCUCAUCCUAACAGUUAGUUCUUAUAGAAGCUAGAUGGCUUCUCUGCUGGGAGCACUCCUUGGUCUAGAACUUUUAAUAACUGAUAUUGAAAGCAGGUAGUUAAGGUAUGCUUGCUUAAUAUGUUGGCAGGCCUAAGAAUGUUGACAUCCAGAGGGUAAGGAGCCUUUCAGAGCCAGAUGAAAGGCUUUUUGAUGAUGAGCAUGACUAGAGUAAUGUUUAGCAAUGAGCCAACACCAUACUUUCUAAUUUCAUCAGCCAGCUUAACCUGCUGGAAGAAGUUGUAGUUGGCUACAUUGAUGGUGCUGCUAUUGGUUAAUCAGGUCUUUUGAAGGCAGCCUAUGUCCAUGUCCAUUACACCAGUCUUCCAUUAUGUGGUUGAUCUGUAACAUGUCCUGUCUGGUUUCCAUCGAUGUAACCACACAACUAUGUCUUUUAACAUUAGCUGGCAUCACUUGCUUCUUUUUAUUAUAAACUUUCAGAUUGUUUGAAAAUGUAGCCCGUUCAUGCUACCAGCAAAAACAGCAAACUCCUCAGCAAGGGCCACAGGGCAUGCUAAGGGAAGAAACACAAGUGGAUUAAACGUCUGCAGAACUACAUUAGAAUCUACAUUAGCUUUAUCGCUGCCGGAUAACAGAUUUUAGAAAGCUUUUCAUAAAAGGUGGUUUAUCUCCAAGUUUUAAAAAAAUCUAUUUCAGAGAUUUGUUAAAUUUGUCUUCAUUUUCCCCCUUUGCUUUCAGUUUAAAAUGCUUAAAAUGUAAUUGUCAUUUUAAAAUAGCCAGCCACAUCAUACUUGAAAAAUGCACUAGAUGAAGCAAAUUUGUUCCAUAAUUCAAAUUCAUUUUACUCCUUUUUUUAAGAACUCAUUAUUCCAAUUUUUAAAAUUAAUUUACUUUAUUAACCAGUUCUCAAAGGUUUUUCAAAGUGAACAUUAAAAGAAUAUUGACAAAUACCCCCAAGUCACCUCAUUUAUUUAUAUGAUCCAUAUAAUGUGCGAAGCUGAAGGAAAGUUUAUGUUUAUUACAAAUGUGAACAUUCUUUCUUUAAUUGAAAUAUCAUUUGUUAAUGUACAUCUCUUUCAUUAAUGCAAUAGUUCAUUCUUUACAAUGCGUUUGUAUAUUCACCUGUACAUUAUCUACUUUAAACCUGUUUUCAAGCAAAUUUUAGAAAAAGAUUAGUCAUUUAAGUGAUAUUUCCUCUGCUCUGAGAUGGCAGUUAUGAGCAUAAGCUAAGUUUUUUUAAAUUGAAUUAUUUUUAAAAAAUUAUUGUGGAGGAACUAAGAAGUUCAGUUUCUUUUGAUAAUGAAACAACCAAAUUAUUUUAAAAAGGUGUUUAAAUUGCCUCUGUCUUACAAGCUGUCAACUGUUUAAUGUUUGUAAGUUAUUUACGAAGCUUGUGCUCUGUUUUAUUUUGGUAGCUUUGUUUCAAGUGUAAAUAGUAUACCUGGUAAAGAAUGAGGAAGUAAGAUAAAUGCAAAUUAUUUUUGUACAGUGAAUACUUCGGUGAUGAAUGUUUUCCAUUUUAAACAUUUGAAAAAAAGACCGUGAAACGGAUAUAAAUAGCAAAAUGGGGUAGUUGAUGAAUACAAGCUUUUAUAUAUAUUAUAUUAUGUUGUACAAAGCAGUAAAUUCAAUUUUCUUUGGUAUUGGACUUGUGCUGUAUUAGAUGUUGUGACAUGUAGAAUAUCUUUUUGAAAAUCUUUUUUUUCCCUUUUUUCUCAUUCAAAGCUUGUCCUGGGUUGUUUUUUUUUUUUUCAUUUCAUAGAUCAUUUGCCAUUUUAUGUAAAAAUAAAUAAAUAUACAUACAAGAAUAAUACUUAUAAGAUUGUAUUUUUUUUUUUUUUAAAUGUAGAAUGUCUUUUUGAGAUUUUUUUUUUUCUCUUUUUUCUCUUUCUUUUCUUUUCUUUGUUUUUUUUUUUUUUUUUUCAUUUCAUAGAUCAUUUGCCAUUUUAUGUAAAAAUAAAUAAAUAUACAUACAAGAAUAAUACUUAUAAGAUUGUAUUUAAAAUGUAUUUUUAAAAUCUAAAUGUGGGGUCAGUUUUAAUGUAUCAUGGUGAUUUGUUUCUCAUCUCAUGUGCGGGAGGAUGGGAAGAGUUACUCAUGAUUUGAUGUAGUGUAAUUUAAGUCCACAACACUUUACAAUAUGGCAAAACAUCAUUCAAAAUUAAAGUAUAAAAAAACAAUUUUUAUUUUUGUUAAGUUAAGAUUUUUCUUAACAGCUAUUGAAAAAUUUUUUUAAAAAAAUGUUUUUUUAAAAAAUUCUCCCUGCGACCGUAGAGGCCACAAAAAUAAUCAUUUUUCAAAACCAGUUGACCCGUUCACGCACCUGUGCGGAGGUGUGUGCUUGGGUAACAAAUGAAAAUUGGGCAGACUAAAUCUUUUUUUUCCUAUUUGCAUGACAGCAAGAUAUUUUUUUCAUAAUUGAAAUUGUUUAUGGGACAAAAUGGCAUUUGAUCUACAAUGUUUCUUGAAGUUCCCCUUUGUGUGUUGUCAAAUUAUAGACACUGUACAAAUAAAUGUUUCAUUUGCAUUCUACACAUUUGUUUGAGUUAUUUAUACAAGGGUUGGAUGUUCUGAGAAUAUAAGUAUAUUGGGAC